UCUUUUUGAACCUCAGGCAGAACAGAACUGUUACUAGAGCGCGUCAAAAGUCAACGAAUACCUAAGUACGAAUCCCAUACUCUCAAAUUUAUCAUUUUGGCACCAUGGAUCCUGGACGAAGAGCUAUGCUGGAAGGUCGCGCACCUAGGGGAAGAGAUAUUACAUCUCCACGUCGCGACGAAACCAAUCGAAUUACCAAACCACAACGAUCAGCAGGGAACUCAAAUUCCAGACCUUACCGCAACAACCAGAGUCUCGAAGACGAACAAUCAAAAAAAUGGGUAGCAGAAGAGGAUACUUUUGUUCUAAAACAAGCAAAGAAGAAAGCGGAUAUCCGAGUUAAAGAAGGACGAGCGAAACCAAUUGAUUGGUUGGCGGUUAUUCUUCGAGUGAUAGAUCCCGACAGAGAUCUCCUUGAUGCUGAUGAAGAAGAGGUUCAGCUGGAUGUGGUAGAUCCAGAGGGUGUAUUCGAAGGACUCAACGAUGUGCAACUAGGAGAAUUGGAGGCCGACAUUGAUUCUUACAUUGCUUUGGAGAAGAACAAAAAAAACCAGGACUAUUGGAAGACGAUGCAAAUCAUUUGCAAUGAUCGUCGCCAGAAAUUAAAGCCCCUGGGUCCUGAUGAACGUGCUGUAAGCUCUGUUGCCGCAGAUGUGGACAAACUGUUGGGACCAAAAACAUAUGAGCAACUGGAAAGUUUGGAAGGACAAAUUAGAGCAAAGCUCCGCUCGAACGAACCGAUAGAUACAGAUUACUGGGAACAACUCUUAAAGAGUUUAUUGAUCUGGAAGGCAAAGGCUAAAUUAAAGAAGGUGUAUCAAUCUGUGCUGGAUGCUCGACUUGACGCCUUACGAAAAGAACAAAAGGAGGAUGCAGAAGGUGUUCAAAAGAAGUUACAAGAACUGUUAUGUGGUCCAACACCAGUGGUUGAAGAGGGGUCUGACGGACCAAAUUCGAUUGCCGCGCAAACACCUCGUCGUCAGCCUCACUUUGUCUACUCAGAGAAGCAUGACCCGGAACCGUUACUUAAACUACGGACUGAAGACAAAUCAAGCGAGAUUAUUGACGAAUCUGAUUUCCUUAAAAAGGUCGUGGCCGAGCGUCGCAAAGUCUUAAAGUUAGGUUACGUACCUUCACGUCCAGUUGCCUCCGAGAAGAGUAUGCCCAGCUCUGUCAGCAAACUAAGCACAUCUAUCAGCAAUGCACCCCCAGGUACACAGCGCUUUUCCGCCGUAGUCUCCGAAGAUUUCUCUCAAGCUACAAAAGCAUUGUACGACAGAGAGGUGGCACGGGGUGUGAAUGAGAAUGAGGAAAUCUUCGCGGCAGAGGAAAGCCUUACGACGAGUUCGGCUCCUCAAUGGGCAGACAAAUACAGGCCAAGGAAGCCCCGUUAUUUCAAUCGAGUGCAAAUGGGCUACGAGUGGAACAAAUAUAAUCAAACCCAUUAUGAUCAUGAUAACCCUCCACCGAAAGUCGUCCAAGGUUACAAAUUUAACAUAUUUUAUCCGGAUCUAAUAGACAAAGCUAAAGCGCCAACAUUUCGAAUUAUUCGUGAACAUGGUCGAAAGAGAGGAGAGUCAUUUGCAGCCGCUGGAGAGGAGGAUACAUGUCUGAUCCGCUUCAUAGCUGGACCACCUUAUGAGGAUAUUGCCUUCCGUAUUGUCGAUAAAGAAUGGGAUUAUUCCGCGAAAAGGGAUCGUGGCUUUCGUAGUAGUUUCGACAAGGUAUGUGUGUGGCUUCAAUCUUUCAAUGUUCUGCACCUUGUCUACCCGUCAUGCAGCGACAACCUCAAAACCGCAAUAUUUCUUUAAAGCCUGUUCCCUAGCUAAUGUGGUCACUCAAUGACAGGGUAUUCUUCAGUUACACUUCCAAUUCAAAAAGGUCAGUAACAAUUAUCACAAUACCUACCACCUUUCAACCCAAGCUAAUUUAUCAUCAUUCAGAUAUACUACCGAAAGUAAUCACGAUUCGAGAGAUGCCUUCUUGACUCAUCGUAUCGUUUCGGGUUGUCUCUUGCAGCCAGGCAAGAACAGAUAUCACUGGGCUAACAUAGUCGUCAUACGCUAUUCUACGGGUAUGGUCUAAUCUUACUUUUUAGACAUAACCUUCACGUAUUUUGCCUAUUCUCACACAGAACUUUAAAUUGGAUUUAUUUCACUUAUCAAAGAACAAUCCAAACAUGGAUUUAUAGUAAGUAUUUAUUUAUUGUGAUUUUUGUAAUCAUUAAACACACAAUAGCUUCACGAAGUGACCCCACAUGUUGAUCCUGAUGAUCCUUCAUCAAGUAUGGACAAUAAAUUAUGUAAGGUUUUUAGGGGAAAAACUUGCUGAUGAUGAAUUAAAAUAUAGUACCACUCCGAACAAUGAACCCUCUCGCCGAACUCCAGAGAGCAAUCUAUGCACGGUCAGGGUGUCCAACAGUCCGGACUGGCAGUAGAUUUAAGCUUUCAAUGGUUGAAGUCCUUUGAAUGUUUGAAUGUAAUUCAGUAUUCUAAAGAGUUUGAAUAUUCCAAUUCUAUCUGGAUACAGUGGAGUUUCACAGAUAUCAAAAUGGUGGAAGUUCUUCCCAAGUAAUUUUUGAAGCAAUUAAAUGACUCUGUGUACAAGGAGCGUGGGGUUAUGGAGGUGGGAAGGUGGAGGAUACACAUGGGGUUUUGUAAAUCAAUGUAAUAGGGAUUCUUCAUUGCUGAUCAUUGAAGGAGCGGAUGAUCCCAUCUGUAAGAAGUGCAGAAGUCAUGGAGGUGGGAGAAGACACCGGAGUUUGGUAAAUAUCAGAUCGGUUGGGUUUCUCUUUAGCAAUCAUUGAGCUCACAAAUAAACCUCUCCAGAUUUCGUCCACGUGUGUUAUGUCACACAAAGGAACCUUGUACAUCCGUCAAAAAUAAUACUACCUACAUGACGGCAACGAUUCGAUGCAUAAGAGAAGCAUUAACCCCUGGAAAUGCAGCUGAGGUUAUCAACUUCCUCUAUUCAUCUCAUAACCCACCUGCAAAGUUUUAUUAGCAGUGAUUCCGGACUGCUGGCCACGAUCCGUAGCACUAACCCUUUUUUUCUCAAACAUGGGUAGUUGCGACGUUAAUUAUUAAGAAAAACUCUCCGGAUCGGCUUUCGUUCGUGCAAAUCAUUGGGAUUUUUGGUUAAGCAGGUCGAAACGGUUUUACGGGUGGCUGAUUUCGGCAUAGUCCACUUAACUCUGACAAAAACAACUUUGUGUUCCUUCUAGAAUAAAUUUCAAGAACAAUUAAACCAGAC